AUCAUUCACAAAGAGUAGGGAAGGGAGCGCGUGAAUCAGCCCCGUACGUAAACCGUCUCGAGCUGGGAGCGUCUCACUGUCGUUUGUCUGCGCAUGAGGGAUCACUGAGCUCACGGAGGCGCCGAGAAAGAACCUUUAUAUGAGAUUUUACAGCGAGAAGAAGAAGCCAAAACGGUUUAGUGCAGAGGUUCAAACUUCCACCUGCGCCGCGAGCUUCAAACAUCCCAGAGCUCCUGUUCACCUUCGCCGCACGAGGACAUCGUUUGCAUGAAACUGUGGCCAGGUAAGACCACUUCUAAAGAGCUAACAUAUAAAAAAAAAAAAACUGAAAUUAAAUGUAAAAAAAGAGAGACUCUUCUGCUGACAGAUGUUUGUUAAUUUUAAUUGUGUGGCAGUUGUUUUUGCCUGAGGUGUAGAGUCAAUGUUGACGCUUCGGGACUUGCCGAACCUCACUAGAAAAUCUUUUAAUUUUAAAUUUCUCGCUCUUUUUUCGACAAAUGUUUGACGCACAGCAUUCAUUUGGAUCCUAAAGUGAUCUAUACAAUUAGCUGACUAAUCCGGCUCGAAGUAAUUGUAAAUAUAGGAUCUAAAAGUAACUUAAUAAAGGUUUGCCAUUGUACCAUCACUUGUUCUAUAGAUUAGGAGAGUGCGAAUACUUCAUCUAAAAAGUUGUGUUUUGGUGAAUGGCAUUUGGUGGAUAUGAAAGUAACUUAAUAAAGGUUUGCCAUUGUACCAUCACUUGUUCUGUAGAUCAGGAGAGUGUGAAUAUUUCAUCUAAAAAGUUGUGUUUUGGUGAAACUGAAAGUGGUGCUUAACAGAACUCUUGAGCCCUUAUCUUCUGUGCUGCAUUUCUUAUAAACCAUGUGAUGUUUGGGACGAAAAUUAAGUUCUCUUGCAGAUCAAGAAGUCAGGGUUCGUACGUGCAGAAAUGAUCUUCUCAUAGGUGACACAGGGAUACAGUGUUUGGAUUUGACACCUCUGCAUGUGACCGAACACUGAUGAAUGGUUGUUUGUUCAUCUCAAAACACUUUAUGUACAUGAGAACUUACACGACCGCAAAAUUUGUACUGUAGCUGUUUGGUUGUUUGUCUUGGUGUCAUAUCCAGUCACAAGGUGAACCAGUUUUGUAUUGCUGCCUUCAUUCUGCAUUAUCUGUGGAUGAGUCUUAAGUGAAAGCUGCAUCCAUGUCAGCACUCAUGCACUUUUGCAACCCACACACGUGUAGCUGUACGUGUCCAUGUCCCUGUUUAAGUCCAGGCUCUGGGUCAACUCGCAUCCCCUCUGUGAUGUGACACACUCUCAGAAGCAUGCUAUUGUUUUGUGGGAGAAAUAUUUAGCAGGGAAUGCAAAGCUGUUUCCUGCGCAGGGGGGUCCACAACAAUGGCUCACAUCUCCGAACAGUCGGUGGUUCUCUCUGCAUCUCACAUCUGAGGUCUUAGCUAGGAUGUCGAAAGAAUGGCCAAGAAAAGGGAAAGGGGGGGAAAAAUAACAUUGAACACAAUGGAGAACAGGCGGUUAUGUGGGUUUGUAGGAUGGGAGACAAUGGGGGACCAGAUGUGGUUGCAUAAGACUUAAAUUCGCAAGGUCAAGGAGGCCCUUUUAAGUCCGUAUUAGCUAAUAGUAAGAUGUUAAAAGGAUGUACCUGUGAUUGUUUCUGUGUUACCACAACAUUUCAUGUUCUUUGGUCGUGUUCCAGUUCAUCCAUGUGUUUUUUGUGUCCAUCUGUUUUUGGCUCUGAGUCAAACUAGACUGUAAAUAUUUAAUAGGAGGUGUCUGAGCUGGAUUUUUAUUCUUCUCUCAGUGCGUCACAUUUGUAACCGAUCCUGUUAGGUGGCCUUUUUGCUUUCCACGCUGCAGAACAACCUGUCCCGACUGCAUGCUUUGUGAGAAGUUGAAAUCAUUAGAUUGCAACAAAAUUGCAACAAAUGAAGAGUUGCUUCACGCCAUAAAAAGUCCUCGGUGUCAAAAGGGUCAGUUCAGCCUUGGCGUACUUUGAGUAAAGUUUAGUAAACUGUCCCGCUCAAUUAUUCAUGCGUCUUCUAAGACGGAUCUCUCUAACGUCAAUGUCUCUUUCUGCCUCAUUCCAGAUAAAAGCCGUGGAUGCAACUACGCUCCAUUUAUAGAAGAAAGGUGGAAGAGCGGCAGAGGCUCUAAAGAGGAUCAGCCGACCAACGAGAGAUACACCUCCGCCAAGAUUUCCUCCAAACCUACCCCGAAACGCACCAUGUCUCUCACAACUUUCCACCUAAUGCAAACCCUCAAGAACUCUCCUGCUGCGCUACGUCGCCGCUUUCGCCGCGACCGCACAGAGUCUUUGUCUCAUGGGGACCCUCUUUUCAAAGUGCAUUACCUCGGCACAGAGAAAAUCUUCUCUCUGGACCGGGAGCAGGCGCAGGAUGCUAUCAGCCACCUCCUAGAUGGUAUUGCCAACGGGAAAAAGCUAAGCAAAGAUCACGCUCUGGUGGUGCGACCAAGAUACGUAGAAGUCAAGGAGCUAAGCACAGGGAGACAACUAACAAAGACAUACCUGCAGGACAUAGCUUAUUGCGCAGCGGACGCCAACAGGCCCAACGUCUUCCUCUACAUCUGCAAACAUCAGGGGCAGCAGCUGCAGUGUCGGGUGUUCUGGUGCAGCCGGGCGGAGAGGGCGCGGGACAUGACGGCGUGCCUGGCGGAUUCAUUCCAACGGGCGCUGAGCGACUGGCAGGACGGCUCUGCAACACUGCAGCACGGAGAUGUGAAGGGGAAACGAGUAGACGAGUCGUCCAACUCUCCGGUCAACAACAAGAGCUCCACACUUCCAGCCAGUCUGGGCAAAGGUGAGGCAGAGAGACGGUCAGGUCGUUACUUGAACACUGUGAUUUUUCAAACUAUCAUUAACAGUUGAUGUAUAGUCCAAAUUCGGCCCAUAAUCUUGGCCUCCUAGCCAGUGUUGUUUUCGUUGACGAUGACAUUGGCGAAAAUAUUUUGUCAACGUCAUCAUUAACGUCAACUCUGUACAUCGUCCACCACUAACGUUUUCGUCUUGUCUCAUCUCGUCAACGUAAACGCACAUUCGUCUCGCCACAUUUUAGUCAUCUAAGACUUGUGUUUAGUUCGUCAACGUCAUCAUCAAUAAAAACAACACUGCUCCUAGCUAGCUUUAACCUGUAGGAGUCCAGUAGCAGCUGUUUAUGAAGAGAAUUGAAGCGCUGUUUUUCACUUUUUCAUUAACGUCUUUUACAUAGACUGUAUAUACUAUGGACAACUUGGUUCCGCCUUCCGCCAGUAUACGGAUUUGUAGACGAAAAUCUCUCUGUAUUUCCGCGUUUGUUCUCCAUUUCCUGAAACCAACAUUGCGCAGUAGCGUUGUACGCAUUCAGCGGGAGAGUCGCUGUGAUGACCCUCAGCUAAAACAGCGUAUCCCCCGGGUGAGCUACGCAAUCCUUGUACACCCAUUGGCUGUAUCAAGAUUCAAUCAUUGAAAACAUGAACCCCCUAAAAACUUUUGAAACCUAUGACCUAUACUGAAGCCCGUCACCAGAGGGUGCUGUUCUCAGAGUGGCUUCACCUAGCGAGGAGGCAGAUUGCGUCCAUUCUAUAUUCAGUCUAUGGUCUUUUACAAAAAGGACAAACUAUGGAGGCUAGUUCAGUGUUGUUUUCGUUGACAAUGACGUUAAAGAAAAUAUUUCGUCAAUGUCAUCGUCAACGAAAACAACACUGCAGAAUACAUGUUAAGCGUUUGACUGACGAAAUGCUCAUGAAUUUUGCAACUCUGUUCGUCGUCCACCACUAAUGUUUUCGUCUGGUCUCGUCAACAUAAACGCACAUUCGUCUCAUCACAUUUUAGUCAUCUAAGACUUAUGUUUAGCUCAUCAAUGUCACGUCUUUGUCGUGGAAAAAACACUGGACUAGUUGAAAAUUCAAGAUUCACAUUCAAACAUAAGCGCUUACCGACUCUGUGACUCAUCAAUUCUUUCUCCUCUCUUCUCAGUUCGCUGGAGGAAAAGAGGCUCCGUGUCCCGCAGCCCCCUCAGGGCUAUCAGCAGGCGAGGAUCUGGCUCGGACAGCUGGAACUGAACCCCCAACCUUCACCCUGAAAACACGGGGACUACUUUAACCUGACUACAACCUCGAGGACGACAGCACUGACGAGAGGGUGGGAAGCCUUACAGGACAGAGGGAACGACAAAGGGGGAUUGGGUCGAAUCCUUAUUUGGACGUAUUAUAUGGACUCAGCUUGUGAGUGGAUGGUCCGUGAUCAGUGAGCGUAUGGACUUGAAGGUUCUGUGAUGCAGCAAAGUUCAGAAAAUGCUGCCGACUUCGUCUACCUGUCAGAAGCUACUUGAGGACUCGUGUCCAGCUGCUAGCUGUUUAAGGAGCAGACAGAUUCACUCCUUUUAAAUGUUUUUUGGUUGACUCAUCAACAUUGUAGGUAUUCUGUUUGAUACUUCAGCCCUCAAAAGGGUUUUUUCGUUCUCCUGGAAAGAGACGUAUUAACUGACAUCUUGAAGCUGAACCAAAAACUGGAAACAAAUGACAAGAGUCUUUAUUUUUCCUUUGAAAGGCUGACUUUAGUUUAACUUUCAUUUGUGACAGGUUAUUGUUUUAUUUUCAACCCUGUGGCACAAGGAAGCAUCUUUCUCUUUUUAUUUUUAAUGAAUGUAGAGAGAUUUCUGGGCCGAGAUUACACAGAAAUGCUUCAGAGUAAUGGCGCAAGAGUAUUAAGUUAAACUCUUCUGAGAUGCAAAUGAAGCAGUUGAUAUUUUUAGGGUCAAAUCUGAACCCCAAGAUAAGGAAUCCAGCAUUUCUUUAUUCAGUCAGCUGAAUGAAACCCUCAUCUCAAGCAGAAAGACACAGAUCCUGACUAUCCUCCGCCAUGAAUUAUUAGCAUUUAGGUGGAAAAAACACACCCGGCCAUGACUCGCGGGGUUUGUUUGCGUCCGAACACUGGGAACGCUGUGUUCCUAAUGUGGAGCCUCUGUGAGGAAUGCACGGCCAUGCACCUGCAUUCCAAUCACGGGGGGAAAUUCGAGACGUCAAAUUCUCUCAAGAAGCCCCGGAUUCUUCUCCAUGUCCGACCAUGACUUUGAAUAUUUAUCAGCCGAGUCAAUUAAUGCUUUUAGCUCUUUGCCCUUUACUUGCUCACAUAAUCAAAGCCAUUAUAGGUGCCCUAACUGGGGCCUAACCCGGAUUGCAUAACAUGUCCUCCUGAUGGUGGACUCUAUUUUAUAAGAGAGUUGAGGAUUAGCUGAAGUUUCUGAUCCAAACCAAGUUAGAGAAAUAUAUUUUUUUAUUUUUAUACGGAGAGAUGAUUUUGACUGAAGUGCCACUUGGUUUUUAUACCCAGUCUUAACAUUUUUUAUGUAUCUUUUUAAACUACAAACGGCACAACCUCUCACAGAAGGGGGUCAAAAGUGCCUGCUUAAAGCGUGUUUUAUAAAUGUGCUGUUUUAUGUCCUUGUACAUAUUUAAAUAUGUAUUUUAUGAAGUAUUAAAACUUUUUUAUACAACA